AAUGUUUGCAUUUGUUUGCCUUUUUAAUUUUAAUAUAACAAAAUAAGUAACUGAGAACAAACACAUCUUGUUAAUAUAAUGUUAAUAAAUUGUUAUAUCUUACAAAGAUGAUACCAUUAUAUGUUAAAAAUGGUGUUGCUUAUGUAUGGAAUGCUGAAGAUUGGCUAACACUUCGUACAAAAACUCGGAUGAGUGGAGCUCUGAUAGGAACAGUUCCUUCAUUUCCUAGACAAAAUGAUUUUCAAGGUCUACCUUUGGCUCUUACGUCUGAAGAAUCAGCAUUAUUAGUUGAGAUUGGUAUUUGUGAAUUGCAUAUUGCAAAAAAUUUAAAUGAUAGUCCUGGAGAAGAGGAAAAACGUAAUAUAGAAACUUCAGAACAAAAGAUUCUAGAAGAGCAAAAUGAGGCAUUUAAGAAAAAGAAAACUGAACAACUAUCACAAAAAAUUGACAUUAUUGUAGCAGGAAAGAAACAAAAGUUACUGCAAAAAGGACUUUCUGAUGUGCACUUAGACAAAGAAACAUUAUUACAGGAAGAAAUUAAUAAGUUUCCUAGUUUGACAGUGUCACAAGCAUUGGUGCACUUACCCACACAACAUUCAAGGGAAUUAGUCACAGAAACAGUGUCAAUAGAUUGCUUGCAACCCAGUGUAAUGGAUAGAGAGGGUAGUAUCCGUUAUAAUAUAUUCAAGGAUCUAUGGUUAAAGGGGCAUUAUAUAACAAGUGGGUCUAAAUUUGGAUGUGACUAUUUACUAUAUCCAGGAGACCCAGUGCGAUUUCAUGCCACUUACAUGGUACGAUGUGUAUACGACACUUUAGCUCCAUUCCGACCGACAAACUUGGUGGCCUUUGGUCGACUAUCAGUAGCUGUUAAUAAAUUAGCUAUAUUAGCUUUCUGUAACAGCUUUGGGAAGAUCGAGUAUCAAACACUUCAAUGGCACGACAAUAUAAAUUGA